AUGGCAGACGCGACCCCAGCCCCGCCGCCUUCCUCUCCCUCCCCAUCUCCCACCGCCGCACCCUCCUCCUCGCGCCUCUCCUCCCGCCUAACCUGCGCCGGCGUGCCCCUCCCCAGCAACUUCUCCACCCUCCCCAUCCUCUCACGCACCGAGAUAGCCUCCCGCAUCACCCGCGGCGAGUUGCUCGUCCUCCACCCUCCUCUCGUCUACCGGAUCCCGCAGUCCUGGCUCCGCCUCCAUCCGGGCGGACAACAUUCCAUACUACACUAUGUAGGCCGAGAUGCGAGUUGCGAGAUCGAGGGGUACCAUUCGGGACGGACUGUGAAAGAGAGGAUGGGGAGGUGGGUUGUUGGAAGGGUUGAGACGGAUGAUGAGGAGGGAGGGGAGGGGUGGAGGGAUAUGGUACCGCCUGUACAGUUGGGGAUGUGGCCUGUCCCCCUGCCGACGAUCACGGUUACAAGUCCGCCGGCUAGUCCUGCGAAAUCGCGGACGUCGUCCGCGAGCAAGACUGCAUCCGAACCUCGCGCCCUCACGAUUGAGAUGGUCGACCCGCCUCUCUCGAAGGAAGACCGCGACAAGCUCCCCCUCACACCGGCGUACCAAGCCCAUCUCCGCCGCUCACACCGCAAACUGCACCAGCGCAUCCACUCUCUCGGUCUCACCUCCCCUCCGCCCUUCCUCGCAGGCUACGGUCCCUCCCUCCUCAUCUACUCCUUCCUCGCACUCCUCUCCAUCGCCCUCUACCGCCGCGCCUCCUCCACCCACUCGACAUGGGACUGGCUCGCAGCCGCCGUCGCACUCGGAGCGUUCUGGCAUCAGGUCACGUUUGUAGCGCACGAUGCGGGACAUACGGGGUUGACGGGAAGUUGGUGGAGGGAUAGGUUGUGGGGAGUCGGGAUUGCGGAUUUCUUGGGAGGGUUGAGUAUCGGAUGGUGGUGCGACAACCACAACGUGCACCACCUGGUGACGAACGCACCAGAACACGACCCCGAUAUCCAGCACCUCCCGUUCUUUGCCAUCUCGACCCGGUUCUUCGACUCGAUCCGCUCGACGUACUACAACCGCAUCCUCACCUUCGACGCGUUCGCUCGGCGGUUCCUCCCUCACCAACACAAACUCUACUACCUGGUCAUGUGCUUCGCGCGCUUCAACCUCUUCGCACUCUCGUACGCCUUCGUCCUAACCAACUGGCCCGCCCGCCGUUCGCCGCUCUUCAAGCUCCGCAUCCUCGAACUCGUCGGACUCGUUUGCUUCUGGGCGUGGUUUGGAGGUGUUGUGUUGAGGGGAAUUGACUCGGCGGCGCAUAGGUGGUUGUAUCUGGUUGUGAGCUUUGCGGUGACGAGUCCGCUGCAUGUGCAGAUCGUCCUCUCGCACUUCUCGCAACCCGUCUCGAUUCUCCCGCCCUCCUCCUCGACCACCUCCUAUCCGCUCCCCUCCGCCGCCCUCGAACUCCUCGAAUCCCACCCUCACCGCCAACUCCGCACAACAAUGGACAUCUCCUGCCCAACCUACCUCGACCCUCUCCACGGCGGUCUCAACUUCCAAACUCCUCACCACCUCUUCCCUCGUAUUCCGCGCUUUCGGUUUCGGGCGGUCGCCAAGGAGAUUGAGAAGUGGGUCGAGGAGGAGAAUAAGCUUGUUGAGGAGAGGGAUGGCGGGAGGUAUUGGAAUGGGUUCAAGCUGGGGGAGAACGAGAGGCUGGAGUACAAGAAGAUGACGUUUGUCGAGGGCAACAAGAGCGUCUUGGGCGUGCUGAGGGACGUUGCGGAUCAGGUUGGGCUGUUGGCGAGGGUUGCGGAGAAGGAGGCCAAGGGCGAGUUGCAGCACUAG